UCUACCUCCAUCUCUCCAUCCUCUACCUAUCCCUCUAUCCUCUGCUGCAUCCCUCCAUCCUCUACCUCUAUCUCUCCAUCCUCUACCUCCAUCUCUCCAUCCUCUGCUGCUUCCCUCCAUCCUCUACUCUGCUGCAUCCCUCCAUCCUCUACCUCUAUCCCUCCAUCCUCUACCCCAUCCCUCCAUCCUCUACCUCCAUCUCUCCAUCCUCUGCUGCAUCUCUCCAUCCUCUACCUCCAUCUCUCCAUCCUCUACCUCUAUCCCUCCAUCUCUCCAUCCUCUGCUGCAUCCCGCCAUCCUCUACCUCCAUCCCUCCAUCUCUCCAUCCUCUGCUGCAUCCCUCCAUCCUCUCCCUCCAUCUCUCCAUCCUCUCCCUCCAUCUCUCCAUCCUCUGCUGCAUCCCUCCAUCCUCUACCUCUAUCCCUCCAUCCUCUACCUCCAUCUCUUGAAGGAAACCCCUCUCUCCUCUGGUGUCUACGUCGCUCUCCCGCCUGUCCUUUUAUGGUAUGGGGAUACCCGCCGUCACAACCGGAAGCAGCCCAUGUUUGGGCAGCUACGAAGCUCGCGGCGGGGGGAAUCCCUCGCGCCGGUGCCGACCAAUAA